AUGUUGAAAUUUUUUUUUUUUUCUUUUUUUGUUAAAAAAAAGAAGCUGUUUUAUCAAUCGUAUUCUCUACUUUUCUUUCUUUUUUCCUUCCUUCUGUACUGUUCUUUCUUUCUUUCUUUCUUUCUUUCUAAAUGUUUUUUCUUUCUUUUCCUUUUUUAUUUUUCGUUCUUACAUUCAUCUUUUCUUAUCAUCUUUUCUUUCUUUUUUUCUUUCUUUCUUUUCUUUCUUUCUUUUCUUUCUUUCUUUUCUUUCUUUCUUUUUUUUUUCUUUUUUUUUUUUUUUCUUUUCUUUUUCUUUCUUUUUUUUUUCUUUUUUUUUUUCUUUCUUUCUUUAAAUUUUUAUUUUUCUUUAUUUUUUUUUUUCUCUGUUGUUACAAUACGAACUCUCACCUUUCUUUCUUUCUUUCUUUCUUUCUUCUUCCUCUUCUUUUGUUAUGAGCUCUCUUCUUUUUUUCUUUCUUUUUUUCUUUCUUUCUUUUUUCUAUUCUUAUCUAUUUUCAUCGUCAAUUCUUUAAAAUUCCAUUUUAAAAUUUUUACUUUUUUUUUCUUUCUUUUUCUUUCUUUUGUUUUCUUUCUUUGCUUUCAGGUUAUAUUCCUCAUCCUCUUUCUUUCUCUCCUUUUUUUCUUUCUCUCGACGAGCAAAGAUGGAUGUCGUCCCAUUUGCCGCGGGUCCAGUCACUCCUUCUUUCCCCGUUAG